AAUUUGAGCCAUGGACAUAGAAAUCACCACAAUCCUUCAUUUCUUGAACUAUAACUUGUGUUCCUAAAAUCUUUGCAACAAGUGAUCUUUUCGUGACCUGGCAAAAAAGGGGAGAGCUUCCACUUUACCUCUUUCUCUUUCCUCUGUAGUCUGCAAUGCUCUAUCGCUUCAUCUCAAAAUCUUCACACCCCCUAUUGCUAACCCUAGUUUCCUCCAAAACCCACUUCUUAAACCCUAAAUCCUCAUUUUCCAUUCCCAAGCGUAAUUUCUUUCCCAACAACUCCUUUUUCUUCUCCACAGGUAACAACAAUGGCAAAGAUUCAGACCCUUUAUAUACUUGGAAGCUCUCUUCUGAAACUGAUGAAUCAGCGUUCAAUGAAUAUUCAGCAAGUGUUGAGGGAACAGAAAGACGGGUUUUUGAUGGUGGGUUUUGGUCUAAACAACUUAAAGGUUCUUGUACUGAUGAAUUGACAAUCAAAAAGAGUGGACUUAGUAAGCCUUCGGUAAGUGUGUAUUCAGAAAAAACUUUGGAAACAAUUGAGAUUCUCAAGGGUGGUGGGGAAGACUUGACGCACAGGUUAAGUUUGGUGGCUCCAAAACUAUCAUUCAAGCUCAUCAUUGAGAUUUUUGAGCGUGUGAAUGAACAAAGAAUAUCUGGAUUAAAGUUCUUUAAUUGGCUUCGAGACUCGUAUCCUGAAUUUUAUCGCAGUGCUUAUGUCAAUAGUCUGAUUAUAUGUAAUUGUGGAUUGUUAGAUGACUAUAAAACAAUGCUCUCUUUGUUGGUAGAGUUUAAGGCAGAAGAAAUUUGUUUAACUGAUAAGGCUUUUGGGUUCUUAACUUUAUGUGGAUCGAGUAAGGAUUCAUUGAUGAAUUCUACAAGGAAAGUGGUUGAUAUGAUAAAUGAGAUUGGAGGAUCCUGUCGUGGUUCUGGUGUUUAUGGAUUAAUCGAGAUGUUCUGUUGCUUGGACUUAUUCGAUAUGGCAACAUUUGUAAUAGAGAUCACUGAAAGAACAGCUUCUCACUACAAUAUUUUGAUCCGUAAGAGGUGUAAGGCAGGCCACAUUGAAGAAGCACGCGCUAUUAUCAACGAGAUGUUUGAAUUUGGUUGUUCUCCUAACACCAAUUCAUAUAACUACCUGCUUGGCACAUUGUGUAAGAAUGAUAAGAUGGAAGAUGUGUCUAUUGUGCUCGAAGAAAUGAGAAAUAAGGGUCUCAAUCUAGAUGCAAUAACUUAUGAAACUCUAGUAUAUCAUUCAUCUAGCCGUGGUCGGGUUGACAUUGCCUCCGAAUUUUUGAAGUUGAUGGUAAAUGAGAAUGUGGAACCUCGUUCUACUACUCAUGCUGCCUAUCUUAAGGUUUUGCUUGAGGCGGGAGAGCGUGAGAAAGCAUAUAAGUAUGUGAUUGACAUGAGCGCCAAAUAUAACCACUGUGUCAAUGUACUAUACAGCUUGCUGGUGAGGCUUCAUCAGAAGAAAGGAGAUCUUAUGACUGCUCAAAACAUUCUUAAUGAAAUGAUUGACAAGGGUCUCAAGCCGGACUUUGGAGUUUUCAUUGAAAUUGUAAAGCAGCUCCAGAAGACGGGCAGGAAAUCUAUAUCUCGAGAUCUUAGGACCAAAUACUCAGUUUUCUAUUGUAGUGACAUACAAAAAGCUAGCAAUUCUUAAUCUAAUUCUUCUGUCCCAUGCCAAGGUUGAAUGCAUCUCUCUAGCUGGUUUGUCUAUGGAAGAAAGGGCAGGAGUGUGCAUUUUACGGUUUUAACCCAAAAACUCUCAAAGAAAAUUUUCAGUUUUCUCAGCUUGCAACUUAGAUCCUCUCAGCCUUCCAGUUUGCUGUCACCUUCAACUUCCGUUGCAGUUGCUGUUGACGUUGCCUCUCCUCUCGUCAGCCUCCACCAAUGUCACCUAUGUUACACCUCCCAAGUUUACAUGCAUCGAUGAUCAUCUAAAGCCAAUAAAUCCAAUCAAUCACAUAGAAAUACAGAGGAAAGAGGAGUGUCUCAUGCCUAGCAAUACUGCUGGUCAGGUCAUUUCUUGCAAAGAAGGUGGAUGAAUCGAUAUAAGAUAUCUGCGGACAAUUAUCAUUGACCAAAUCAUCUACCUCUUUUUUGAACAGAGGGAGUUGGUCAUUGCCAUUCUACAUGGUUGGGUAAAUCUUGGGUGAACAUAAUUACAUGCUGCAGCUGUGGUUGCACGGGAGCCAGGAACCCAUGGUUAAUUGAAGAAGUAGAAGUUGCACCUCCCCAAAAAAUUGGAGGUUCACCUGAAGAUUCUGUUCGCCUCCCUGUGCUACACUGUUAUUACCUCUGGAAAGCAAAAGGUAAAGACAGUCCUAUUGUAGGCUUAUUCCUCUAAUUCUGUGUAAGGAUAUAUAAGUCAAAUCCUUGUUCAUAUUGUCGCUGUCUUCUUGCAAGUAGUAUAGCGUCUACUGUUCUAAAUUGAUAAACGGAUGAAUAAUCAAAUAAAAAUAGGCAACUUUGAAUCUUUGAUUCUCCAUGCUCGCAUUAUAAGAGUUAAAUCAUUCUUUUGAGUUUUUCAACUUUCAUGCAUUUCUAGUUGUACUUUAUUUACUAGCAUAAUUUUUUCUUUUUGAUGACCGAGAAAUCUGUAUGGUGUAGUUGAAAAAUAUAUUGACUAUUGAGAUAAUCAAUGGUUACUUCGUGGAAUCUAACUGUUGUGUUAAAUUAUAUAUGCUCAUUACUAUCUAGCUUUAGAACGUAAACCAAUCUAAUCAUUAGGGCAAAGCACCAUUAUUCAAACAAUCACAUUUGUGAUAUGCCUGGUGAAGCGUAAUGCUAUUCUUAUGCUUCAAAACCAUGCGAUUCAGUAGUAUUGAUGAGUGAGUUAUUAUGACUCUCCAUCUUAAUUGUUUGUGCUACUGAAACCCAUGUUCUUAAUCUUUUUGGCUCCCUUUAUGAUACUGUUCCUUUAUGGGUGUAAUGAAUUCUGAUCUUAUGUGUUGUCUUAACAGUUUGUUUCCAUGGAGAUGAAUUGUAUGUAGUAUUAACAUGCUGAAAUGUUUGCUGUGGCGUUAUUUAUUCCAUAAACUUUGCAAGUAAAAGUUUAUUCACUUUGCAUAGACUAACUACAGAUGGUGACAUGUUUGAGAAGUAACCUUCAGGAGAAGUAAUAAUGCGUGGUGACAUUAUCUGGGAAGCUUUUGAACUCUACUUAAUGCUAAACUCUCACUAACCUGGACACGGCUGAGAAAAGGAAAACUACAUGUGAACUCUGGCCAUAAGCAAGGAUGGCUAGUCUCAAGCCAUGGAAGAAAAACUGGAAAAGCAAACCUCUUUUAUAAGUUAGCAUGUUUCUGUAGGAGGGUACUCACACAUGAAGUAGUUCUCACUUUACAUUGAUUUAGAGUCCUUAUAUACAUCAGAUGUGAGAGCGCAGAAGAUGUUUUCACCUCUCCUUUCUUUGUGUUUUGGCCUCACGGAUAUGACUGUGUUUUCCUCAUCUUUAAUAUGAGGUGGACUUUGCCUAAGACAGUUAAGGACCUGCAUUUGGUGAUUCUUGUGGAAAGAAAAGAAGCAUUUUUUUUCCCUUUUAGCGCAAAAUAGCAAUAUACAUGAACUGAAAUAUAGAUGCCUUUAUCUUUUGGCUUUUUGGUGUAUAAUGGGAGUAUGCAAGUGAUACACACAGCAUGAUUGCACUCUCUACUAAGGUUUUAGUUCAAAUGA